CGCGGGGUUGACUAGGAUUCGAUACCGGGCAAGGUAAGUAUAAACAAUCCUCAAUUCACAACUGUGAUGAAAGUAGUCCUACAUAUCCAUUCUACGAUCAGACAUGCAGUUCCUCACCGGCAUACUCCUACUCUCAGCAGGACUCGUCACUGGUUCUUUAUCCUCAAACACCACCACCCAAUCUCCACCAUCCCUCACAUUUCUCUACACUGCCUACGUCGACUGCUUGCCCAAUAUCUAUACCAGCUAUGGUCCCUUUGGUAAUCGCACCACGAUCCCCAUCGUUGGUGGCAACUUCACCGGCCCCCGUAUGAGCGGCCGGAUCCUCGACGUUGGCGCCGACUGGGGACUUACAGAUGUCCAGACUGGGAUUUUUAGUGCAGAUACGAGGUACAACCUGCAGACUGAUGAUGGUGCAAAUAUCUUCAUUAGAACGAGUGGUCCGAGUCAGCCGAGCGGGGGUUUGCAACUGAGAAUCUUGUUUGAGACGGGCGAUGCAAGGUAUUAUUGGUUGAACAAUGUCAUUGCUGUUGGUGUGUUGAGUCCGGUUUCGACGACGGAUGAUGGUUUUACGUUGAGGAUUGAUGCUUGGCAUCUGGACUCGGAACUUGCCGCCCCUAGAUCAUAAGACACGUCUCUAGUCUAGCUAUUUAUCGAAGUAGAGAGUCGUGAGGUAACUGUGUAAAGGUUGGCUCAUUGUUUCAUAAACAAUAAUGCAUUCUUUGAUGAUCCCACUGAGGCCUUAUCAGUCGAAGGCACUCGCCGCUUUUGUGCAAUCGACCAUACCGACCAAGGUAAGUACUCUCCGCGGGGUGUUUACGCUCUUGACACAUAUCUAUUCUCGAUCGAAUUCAUGCAGUACUAAAACAUCC